GAGUUUAGUCCCUACUUCUAACUCAGUCCUCUGAAAUUUGUGCCUUGUCGGGUCCUCUGCAUCUGGUCCUGACCCGGGCCUGAUCAGGCUCCUGGUCUAACCACGUCGUCGCUAGAGAAAAGGCGAGUCUCCCCACCGAUGACUGGAGGCCGCAGCCACUUCCCUGCCCGCAUUCCUCCCAGUCCUCCACCUCCCGCCGCCUCGGGCGCCCGAAGGCGCCAGCCCCCGCGUCCUUUUAGCCGGAAGUGGAAGUGUGCUUCUUUGGGAUCAUGGCGUCUGUGAUCGACCUGCCGGACUCUGUCCUGUUGGAGAUUUUCUCUUACCUCCCGGUCCGAGACCGGAUCCGCAUCUCCAGGGUCUGUCAUCGCUGGAAGAGGCUGGUGGACGACCAAUGGCUGUGGCGACACGUCGAUCUGACGCUCUACACGAUGCGGCCUAAAAUCAUGUGGCAUCUCCUUCGUCGGUACAUGGCAUCUCGGCUCCAUUCCCUGCGGAUGGGCGGGUACCUGUUCUCUGGCUCCCAGGCCCCUCAGCUGUCCCCUGCCCUGAUGAGGGCCCUAGGUCAGAAGUGCCCCAACCUGAAGCGCCUCUGCCUGCACGUGGCCGACCUGACCAUGGUGCCCAUCACCAGUCUGCCCUGUACCCUGAGGACCCUGGAGCUGCACAGUUGUGAGAUCUCCAUGGCUUGGCUCCUCAAGGAGCAGGACCCCACAGUCCUGCCCCUGCUUGAGUGCAUCGUGCUAGACCGUGUCCCCGCCUUCCGCGAUGAGCAUCUACAGGGCCUGACGCGCUUCCGUGCCCUGCGCUCGCUGGUGCUUGGUGGCACCUACCGCGUGACCGAAACAGGGCUGGAUGCAAGCUUGCAGGAGAUGAGCUACUUGCAGAGGCUGGAGGUGCUAGGCUGCACCCUCUCGGCCGACGGCACCCUCCUGGCCAUCAGCCGCCACCUCCGAGAUAUACGCAAGAUCCGGCUGACCGUGAGGGGUCUUUCUGCCCCUGGCCUGUCAGUCUUGGAGGGAAUGCCGGCCCUGGAGAGUCUGUGCCUGCUGGGCCCACUCAUCACCCCAGAAAUGCCCUCCCCAGCUGAAAUCCUCUCCUCGUGCCUCACUAUGCCCAAGCUCAGGGUCCUUGAGCUGCAGGGGUUAGGGUGGGAGGGCCAGGAGGCUGAGAGGAUCCUGUGUAAGGGGCUGCCCCAUUGUAUGGUCAUCGUCAGGGCCUGCCCCAAAGAGUCCAUGGACUGGUGGAUGUGACGGCACAGCCUGCUCCUUGGACUCAGGGUUCCUGCCCAUCCUAGCUUUCACUGUGGUUCUGAGCGGCAUCUUGAAGAGGGCAGGACAUCAGGCUGAGACUCAGGCGAGUGAAGGCUCCAUGGCACCAUAGAGAGAACUGAGGCGUUGGGGCCUGCAGCCUUUCGGAAUCCUGACUUUGUGUUUGCCAGCUGUGUGGGCUCCGUCACAUCAGCCAACCUCCCUGAGGCCCAGUUCCCACAUCUGGAAAUGGGGCCAACCAUAGCUACCUCAUGGUGAUAUUGCAAAGCCUUACUCUUUAACAGCCUCUAGCCAGAAGGUCUUCGAUGAAGGAUGUUCUCAGGGUUGUCCUCAGGAACACAACAGAUGCAGAAGGGUAGGGGUAAGAGUUUGGGGGCUCUGAGGGGCCCGGCCUCCUUAGGAGGCCUGGAAAGACCAUAUGUGCCUGUGCACACCCACAUGUUCACACACCAUUUAUGUACCUACAUGCAUGGGAGAGACCCAGGGACAAAGGGCAACUGAGACUUGCAGUUUGAUUUUCAGUUGCAUUUUCUAUGCUGUAUUUUGCAGAUUUUCCCACAACAUAUAUUAUUUUGCUAUUAAAUAAAAAUAAUCAUUUUUUCCAAAAUAGUGUUUAGUUUAUUCAUUCCGCAAAAGUUUGUUGAGUACUUGCUAUUGUUCCCACACUGCUGUAGGCACUAGGGGUCACAGCGGUGAUCAGAGCAGACAAGACCUGGCUCUGAGGAGAAGAGGGUACUAAACAGGCAAAGAAAUUAUCCAUGGAACAAUUUCAGAGACUAUAAGACUAUAAACCAGGGUCGCAUGAUAGAGUUAGAGUGGUCGGGGCAGGUGUCGUGGAGCUGAGCCCUGAGAAGUGAAGAGGAACCAGCCUGGGAAACAACUGGAGGAGGAUAGAAAAGGACCCUGAGGUGGGGAACGAGCUUGGCAUUUUCUGGGAGCAGGAAGAAAGUCCACGUGGCAGAGUGAGCAAGGGGAAAGCAGUAGAAGGUAAGAGCAGAGAAAGAAUGGGGCAAGUUCAGGCAGGGCCUCAGAGGGCUCAGGGGCUUUUGCCUUUGGAGUCUGAACCACUUGAAAGAUGCAGGUGUCAGAUAAUGAUCAUGAAUGUUAGUUCUGAACUGAGCUAGGUAGGAGGGUGGGCUCCCCCUGCCGGAGGAAGGCCAGUGUGCCCCCUCUGUGGCAGGCAGAGCCAGGAGAGAGAAAAGAGGUGAGCUGGGUGAGCUUGGUCUUAUUCCCAGCUCACCCAUCACGGAGGAGCUGAGACAGUCUUUGCUAACCCUCUGGAAAGUGGAGUAGAAACCCUUCCUUUCUCAGGGUUGUCCUCAGGAACAUAUGGUGUGAGUGCUCUCUGAUAUGGGCGUGGUUUGGGUCCAAUGGUCUGGUGCUGUAACCAAACCUAGCAGCUCCAGCCCAGGGCACCUGGGGGACUGGGUUGAUCCAGGCUGACCAUGGGGAUUGAAGAAAUUCAGGGCUGGUGGUGCAGUGGUUAAGCAUUUGGCUACUAACCAAAAGGUUGGCAGUUCGAAUCCAACAACCACUCCUUGGAAACUCUAUGGGGCAGUUGUACUCUGUCCUAUAGGGUUGCUAUGAGUUAGAACAGACUCAAUGACAAUGGGUUGGUUUUUUUGGGGCGGGGGCAGGGAGGAAAAUGAAGUCUGUUAUGCUGGUGGAGGGUGACCGGAAAUCUGAGGCCUGUUGAGUAUGAUGGAGGGGUCAACUCCAGCCUUGUGCUGGGCUCUGAUGGUGGUCCUGGAGGUGGGCUGCUGAAGCCCCUCCUGGAACAACUCCAGGGAAAAAUAAGCUUGCUUUUUUUCUUCCUGCCUUUCCAGUGGGAAUGCAGCAGCAGAGGUUAAGUUAGAGGCAGUAGCGUACACAUAAAUGCUUGAGAGCCAGUUCAGCAUUUGCCAAUUUCUGUGGUGUCAACACUCCCAUUACAGCUGGUUUCAGGCUACCAACCGUUCAACGAUCCACUUGCAGAAUUCUUGAAAAUUUAGCACUUGGCUCGCACAAGCUGGCACGAGCCGACUGCAGCACACCACUGGUUAGAGUGUCUUCAUCCCAGGCUCACCCUUGUGGGGGACUCACUGUGCCUCAGUGACACGUUCCCUGGGCCUUGCCCUAAGGGGUGUGGAGUUAUGUCUGGAACAUUUGGCGGAGCUCUUCUGCUCUUGUGAUUCCUACCUCUUUCACCCCCAACCAUUGCCUUCUCCCAGAGAAGGGAUGGAGGCUUCAGGACUGCCCUCUGAUGAAAAUGAAGGAUAAUCAUAAUAGCUGACAUUCACUAAGUGUUUACCAUGUGUCAGAUACUGUGCUCAGUCCUUCAUGCACAAAAUCCUAGCAGCCCAGUGAGGGGAGUCCAGAUGAGGAAACUGAGGCACAAAGAAGAUAAGUUGCCCCCAAUCACAUAGCUAGUAAAGUAACAGCCUGGGUAACCCUAUUCCACAAUCCUAACCAUCAUGGUAAGUUACCUUGCUGACAUGUAACAGUGCGUAGAAGGAUGGCCCAAUAACUGCCCCAGCGGGCCAAAGACUAGAUGUAGACCUAUUUCUUACAACUUUGUUAAGGUAUAGGUCCUUAGGUGGCACAAACAGUUUGCACUUGACUGCUAACCUAAAGGUUGGCAGUUCAAACCCACCCAGCGGUACUGGGGAAGAUAGGCCUGGCGAUCUGCUUCUGUUAAGAUUAAAGCCAAGAAAACCCGGUGAAGCAGUUCUACCCUGACACACACGGAGUCAAGAGGAGUCAGAGUUGACUCAAUGGCAACUAGUUAGUAAUUCGUGAGCCAGAACUGCCCAGCCAAACUGCUCCUGGAUUCCUGACUCACAGAAACCAGGACCGUUGUUUUAAGCCACUGUUAAAAAAAGUAAUCUAAGCACAAAGGAAUUCAAACAUGGGGUUUGUUUGAGCAGUUAUUCUAUAUGCUUUUAAGGAGACCAUUAUGAUUCUAAAAAAAACAAAUGGCUUCAUGUAGGCUGGUUACAAUGAAGCUCAUAAAAAGAAGAGGAAGAAUAGAAAAUCAUUCCUUGGCUAAUCUUAAUGUAAAUAACUGAACCUUGAUCCCACUUACUGACUGAGAUCAGCUGACUUUUGGUUGCUAGGUGGUCUCCGGCCUGGGGGGCAAGGGCAUUCAUUUGCUCAGAUCUUUAGGUGUAGUCCAGAGGUUUUAAAAUGAUAACCAACAAAUAAAUAAAUAAACCAAACCCGUUAUGGCUGAGUUGAUUGCAACUCAUAGUGACCAUAUAGGACAGAGUACAACUGCCCCAUAGGGUUUCCAAGGCUGUAAGCUUUCCGGGGAAACCCU